ACCGGGUUCUGGAAAAUGUUCUGUUGUCAACAAAAUGUCAGGCCACGAUCAUUUGAGUCUUUGCCUGUGUGAUUUAAUCAGGUUGCUGUGGUCGUUGGUACUACCAUGCGUGUAUCUAUGCUUCCUGCUAACCACCGUCCUGGUCCUGCUCGUGCUGGGGGUGCGAGCAUGGCUGCAGAUGAACCGCAAGGCCAGAUGGGCCAGAGUCUCGGGGCCCGUGGUGGCCUUCUUUCACCCCUACUGUAACGCCGGAGGUGGUGGAGAGAGAGUGCUGUGGUGUGCCCUUCGAGCCCUGCAGAACAGGUACCCGGAUGUGCAAUUCGCUGUCUACACCGGCGACCAGGGCGUGACGGGGGAGCAGAUCCUGGCAGGGGCCCGACGUCGCUUCAACGUGGUCCUGCCCCGUCCCGUCCAGUUCGUCUUCCUGAAGCACAGGCUCCUGGUGGAGGCCGGCCUCUACCCGCACUUCACCCUGAUUGGCCAGAGCGUGGGCUCCAUCUUCCUGGGCUGGGAGGCGCUGACCGAGUUCGUGCCCGACCUCUACAUCGACUCCAUGGGCUACGCCUUCACCCUGCCCGUGUUCCGCUACCUGGGGGGCUGCCGGGUUGGAAGCUACGUGCACUACCCCACCAUCAGCACGGACAUGCUGUCGGUGGUGCGCGAGAGGAACCCACGCUUCAAUAAUGCGGACUACAUCAGCAGCAACCCGCUGCUGAGCAUGGUGAAGGUGGUGUACUACUGCCUGUUCGCCCUGCUCUACGGCCUGGCCGGCACCUGCUCCGACGUGGUGAUGGUCAACUCCACCUGGACGCUGGGGCACAUCCUGUCGCUGUGGCGGGCCCCCAACCGCACCAGCGUGGUCUACCCGCCCUGCGACGUCCAGACCUUCCUCAGCGAGCCGCUGAGAGAGGAGGAUGGGGAUGAGGACGAGGACAAGGAGGAGAAGAAGAAGGAGAAGGAGAAGGAGGCAGAAGGAGGUGUAAGAGGGGGCAGGAGGAGCUGUCACUCUGUGGUGUCCAUCGGACAGUUCCGUCCAGAGAAGGACCACUCGCUUCAGAUACGAGCCUUCCGGAAGCUUUUGGAUCGUAAAGGUCUUAUGGCCGUGGGUGGACGGGACGCGGUGAAGCUGGUGCUGAUUGGUGGGUGCCGUAACCAGGAAGACGAGGAGCGGGUCCUGAUGCUGAGGGGCCUCUGCCAGGAGCUGGGCGUGGCGGAUAAGGUGGUGUUUAAACUCAACAUCCCCUUCGAGGAGCUGAAGAAGGAGCUGACCGAGGCCACCGUGGGCCUGCACACCAUGUGGAACGAACAUUUUGGCAUCGGUGUGGUGGAGUGCAUGGCUGCCGGCACGGUCAUCCUGGCCCACAAGUCGGGUGGCCCCAAGCUGGACAUCGUGGUGCCCCACGAGGGCGGCCAGACGGGCUUCCUGGCCGACGACGAGGACAGCUACGCGGACGCCAUGGAGCGCAUCCUCUGCCUGACGCCCGGCGAGCGCAUGGACAUCCGCCGGCGGGCGCGCAGCUCCGUGGCACGCUUCUCUGACCAGGAGUUCGAGGCAUCCUUCCUGGCGGCCAUGGAGCCCCUCAUGGGAACGCUAGAGCGAUGAAGGGCAUGGGUGGAUACAUGGAUGGAUGGAUGGAUGGAUGGAUGGAUGGAUGGAUGGAAGUCGACAGGGGGGCACAAAUCGUUGUCAGGUGUCCUGGGCCCAGGGAGAGGGAGGGCCCAGAAUUGGGUCCUCAUUACAUUGUAUGUAUUGCUGAUUUUUUCCUGGGCCCAGUCAAAGCUGUCGACUUCGAUGGAUGGAUGGAUGGAUGGAUGGAUGGAUAGAUGGAUGAUGGCUGGGUGAAUGGAUGGAAGGAGAGUGCACUUAUUUAUGUAUAAUAAAAGUGGGAUGGACUGGACGGACACAGGGAUAUAUGGGUGAAAGGCUGCGUGCAUGCUUGUAUUGCAUACACACCCAUAUUUGUUACACCGCCUGUUCUGUUGGUCCUGAAUCAUUCAGAACUCCUAUAGGAACAAUCACUUGCCUUGCAUGGGCUGGUGGUCCUCCAAAAUAUAUCCCAGCAUUCCACCUGUCAGCUGUCAUACACUAGGGUCAUGUCCGAAAUGUGCACUCGUGCACUAUGUAGUUCACUAUAUGGUGAGGAUGAGAGUUGAGAUGAAUUGUUUUGUUUUCUACAUUGAGCGUUGGACAUUGAGCCCCAAAUCAUGGCAGGAGAACAUGGAUGACAGACUUACCCUAUGUUGCAUAGGGGGCAUUCCAAUAUGCAACCUUGCUUCCUCCACUUGGGCUUGUGGCCUCAUGUUUUGCUGAUGACCCGCCUCCGUGGAGAAAACAAUAAAGUUUCCCCGCUGUCAGACUUGCCGAAACAAUUUUUGGGGGACUAUUCUUCAUUUACCAUCCUGUUUGAAAAUUAGAAAAUGUCUUGACAAUUGAGCUUUUGCGAGAAAUUGAAAUAUAAUGCUGUUGUCGGUGAUGUCAUCGCGACGUAUUACUUCCUGGUACGAGGCCACAAGCACAAGUGGAGGACGAAAGGUCGCAUAUUGGAACGCACCCCUAGUGUAACACACUAGUUUACACAAAAUACGUUUCAACACUUUUUUUUCUUUUUAUAUUCAGGUUUCUAGGUAUUCAUGGCAUGGUAGAACUAAGUUGCACCUGAGGCAAAAUAAGCUUCAUUAAAGGCAAAUGUCAUCUUUUGCCCCAUCUUGUGGCUUGGAAUGAUAUUCACAUGCAGCACACAUGCAGUAGAAACUGUAGAGAGGCUCUAUUUUUUUAGCACUGUAUUUCACAGUGUCUUUUUUGUGUUGAUCUGCAUUUAAUAUUCUUUGCUUACAUUGUAUGUACUUAAUCCUAAGGUGCCGUGGUCCGUGUAUCAUCCGAUCAUUCAACUAUUCCAUUCAAUCUGGCAAAUGGAAAACAUGAUCGGAUGAUACACGGACCUGCCGUGUAAGUACAUAAUGUUACAUGUUAUUUCAUAGUUUGUGUCGCUGUACCUAAUUAAUGUGACAGGGACGGUAACAUGAAGUGUAACUUUUUUUCUUUUGUUCGAUCAGUUGUUUUGGGUUCCAUGGAAGGCUCUGAUUAAUACAGUAGGUUCUCUAUUGUUUUUGCUUUUCGUUUGUUUGUUUUAUGAGUCAAACCACCAAACCUCUGGGGCAGAGAGGCUGACAAGGGGGGACAAAGGAGUCAGUUGUCCUGGGCCCAGGGAUAUUGGGGGCCCAUCAUUGCGUCCACAUUACAUUUAAUGUAUUGGGUGGGGGGCCCUUUCAGAGGACUUUGUCCUGGGCCCAGCCAAAGCUGUCAGCGUCCCUGCUCUGAGGCAUAUGCUAAGAACAUGGUUAAGUGAUAAACCAGACUUACCUAACCUGCAGGAAGCGGUAAACCUGCUAAUAGAUAUACCGGCAUGCAGGGCUCUAAAUUAGCACCAGCCAACUAGCCAAAUGCUGGUGAAAGUUCAAUUUGGCUGGUAGAAAAGACCAUCUUACUAGCCACUUUGUCCCAUUAGUCAGUAUGUGUUUGGCUAGUAAAAAGACAGCUACUGGCCAAUUUGGAUGGUGAUGAAAGUUAACGUAUAGCCUUGCCCACAUGCAUCAUUUAGUGAAGAAAAUGAGGACUCCAGGCUUUUCUAUUAGAUGAUUAACCUCUAGCACAAGGUGAACUUAACCUGGUUUACUACUGAACCAGCUUCUUGGUAUACUUCCCUGGGGAGAAGACCAAGAACAUGGCUAAGUAGUUAGUCCAGGUUACAUUAACCUUGAGGUAGUGGUAUAUCAUCUAGAGCAGUGGUUCUCAACUGGAACAGUCUUGGGACCCACCAUUUUCCACUCUCAUUUGGUCGCGACCCAUUUUUUUAGCGUUCAAGUCAAUUCUCAAAAUGUAACCAAGACUCGAAUGACUGGUUAUACACUAUCUAUCUCGCAUAAACAUUCAGAUUGUAUCUAUGACAACAGAUGACACAGAGUUCA